AUGUGUCCAGUGGUGGCCAUAAUAACGAGGCUAAUUGGCGGCUCAGGAGGACAGACACAGCCUCGAGAGGAAGCCAUGUCUCACCCGAUGUCCUCAUCGGUGGCCGCGAGUCGAUACCAGGCGUCGUCGCACAGCCAGAGGUCGUCGUCGGCCGCCGUCGCCGCAGACACCCAUCGGCGCCACGAAGAGCGCCGUCGACACGAACAGCGCCGACACGAUCGGCACCACCACCGCCACGACUCGUCCGAAAUAAGCUGUUGCCUGAAGUACCUGAUCUUCGGCUCGAAUGUGGUGUUCUGGUUGACGGGUCUGUUGGUGGGAGUGGUGGGCGUGUGGGCGUGGACUGAGAAGGAGGUGUUCCACAACUUGACCCGAAUCACGAACAUAGCGCUCGACCCGGCCUUCAUCAUGAUCUGCGUCGGGUGUCUCGCCUUCACCAUUGGCUUCACGGGAUGUGUGGGCGCUCUCAGAGAGAACACAUGUCUUCUGGCGGGUUACGCUAUCUUUUUGGCCAUUUUGUUACUCCUGGAGAUGACGACCGGUAUUCUGGGCUUCGUCUUCAAGGAUUGGAUCAAAACCCAAGCGGCCACUGGCUUCCAGGCGUUCAUAGUGUACUAUAGGGACGAUCCGGACCGUCAGAAUCUCGUGGAUUGGGUUCAGGACCAGUGGUUGGGCUGUUGUGGUGUCGACGGACCUAAAGACUGGGACCAAAACAUAUACUUCAACUGCUCGUCGGCGGCGGUGGGCAGUCGUGAGGCCUGUGGCGUCCCCUUCUCGUGCUGUCGUCCCAUUCCCAACGAAAUCAUUCGCAAUAAACAGUGCGGAUAUGAUGUCCGCAAACAUGAAUUCGUCGGGGAUAAGUCUAUAGUGAUCUAUGAAAAGGGAUGUUUGAGGGCUGGAGAGGAAUGGAUUGAGUCUAAUUUGGUUCCGGUGGCGGGCUUUACAGUUGUUAUUGCGGUCCUACAGGCCUGUCCUUCACUCAAUGACUCCGAGUAUCGGGUCAAACACCACAAUAACCAGGAGUUGAAUGAUGUGUUACAAGCGGUGCAUAAGCGCUGCCCCACUAUCACCAGGUUAUACGAGUUGACAGAACGCAGUGUCAACGGAUGGCCACUGACUGUCAUCGAGUUGUCUGACAAUCCCGGAGAUCAUGACUUCCUGGAGCCUGAGUUCAAAUACGUGGGUAAUAUGCACGGGAAUGAAGUGUUGGGCCGAGAAUUGUUGCUUCAAUUAGCCGAUCAUAUGUGUAAUGAAUACAAUAAAGGGAACCAAAGAAUCCAAACCCUAAUAAACACGACGCGAAUACAUCUGUUGCCGUCACUGAAUCCGGACGGUUGGGACGCCUCCACUAAUCACGAGUCCAGAGGCAAGGACUGGCUGUUAGGUCGCGCUAAUGGCAAUGGGGUUGACCUGAACAGAGACUUCCCUGACUUGGAUGCCGUCGCAUAUCAGGAUAACUCCCAAACAGCAAAUCUGUUCUCUCAGGAAGCCAUAGAUCAUAAACUACAGCCCGAGACCAGAGCGGCCAUGGCUUGGAUUCUGUCCAAUCCUUUCGUAUUGUCGGCUAAUUUGCACGGAGGAGCUCUUGUGGCUAACUAUCCGUACGAUGAGAGUCGCGAUGGAAGUGCCACAUCGUAUACGGCUUCUCCAGACGACAGCACAUUCAAGCAUUUGGCGAAUGUAUACGCGUUGGCGCACAAGACUAUGUCGACGGGGAAAGGGGUCCGGUGUGAGAACGAUGACGACUUCACCAAACAGGGCGGCAUCACGAACGGCGCCGCCUGGUAUAGCGUGUCCGGCGGGAUGCAGGACUUCAACUAUUUGGGAUCAAAUGACUUCGAGAUAACUCUGGAGUUAGGAUGUGAUAAAUACCCACCGGAACACUUGCUGCCCAUCGAAUGGGAUAACAAUCGCGAGGCGCUUAUAACUUAUAUAAGACAGUCACAUUUAGGUAUAAAAGGAAUCGUAAGGAAUGCGAGAACUGGAGAGCCUAUUGCCGGCGCUUCCGUUAAAGUCAAGAAUAUUACCGAUGGUGUCAACAAAAUGAUUAACCAUGACAUUCUCUCAGUGAAAAAUGGCGAAUACUGGCGACUGUUAACGUCGGGAACGUACGAAGUGUUGGCCGCGAAGGACGGCUACGAACCCGACGCCAAGACUGUAGUCGUGCGCAACGAUAAGCCUGAAGCCAUGCGAGUGGACUUCAAUUUGAAACCCGCCGAAGAGGUAUUGGAUCCUCAGGUGAUGGCGUCGAACGACUAUUUCGGAUACAAAUCAAUCCCCGAUAACAUUGAUCUGAAUAAUCCCGAA